AUGUUUGCGCCGACUUAUACAUCAUUUCUAAGUUCUGCUUUGACUAUCGGUUGUAAUAUUCAUCUUGUUAGACCGACAUGUGAUGGUCAAGUUACUCCUGAACAAAUAGAAAAAGCGGUUAUUGAACAUCCAGAAGCUAAAGCUGUUUUUCUUAUCAAUCCAAAUAAUCCCACUGGCCAAUGUUUUACCAAAAAAGAACUUGAGAAAAUUGCACGUUUGGCCAUCGAACACAAUCUCAUCGUCAUUUCUGAUGAGAUUGUUCAUAAGCUUGUUUUCGAUCUGAAGGAAGCAUUUAUAAGUAUUGCAUCAAUCCAUAUUGAUGGUAAAAGUAUGUUUGAACGAACGAUUACUUUACGCAGUGUAUCCAAAGAUCACGGAUUAGCGGCUGUUCGAUCAGGUUAUGCAAUUGGUCCCACAGAUCUUAUGAAUACAUUAGCUAUUGACUCGUUUACAUUUGCAACGACGUUUAACGUAGAUGAUCUUGCUCAACAUGUGACUAUAGCGGCAUUAUCUCACACUACGGAUGAGUAUUAUAAAGCUCAGAGAGAUUUGCUUCGGCAUCAUCGAGACCUCGUUAUUAGAUUUGUCGAAGAUAUUAAUCGACAAGUAGGAUAUGAGGCAAUAAAAGCUGAACGACCUCCUGCUGGAUUAUUUCAAAUAAUCAAUGCCAGUGGUCUGAGAGGCAAAGUAUAUGAUGAAAAAAUAUUGAAAAGCGAUCUUAUACUCUAUGAAUUGUUAUUACAAGAUGGAAAAGAAGGCGUUGCUUUGUCUCCUGCCUCUUGUGGAGGAUAUGAUCCUGAAGAUAUGAACUUACGACUAACAUUAUCUUCACCUGAAAAAGAUAUUAUUUUAGGCAUGAAACGACUAGGUAAAUUUAUCAACAAGGUGUAUGGUUUGACCUGA